AUGGAAAAUUUAGAUACUUUUAUCCCUUGGUAUACAGCUAAACGCUAUUUGCAAUCUAUGAUUUCAACUAGUGUCUUAGAGAUAGUCAACAUUGACGAAAACUCCCAAGUAUUAAAUAGUGCUGCAGAUUACAUAAAUAUAGAUGAAGACUAUACUUCAGAUUACACUAAUAAUUUCCAAGAUUGGGCCCAACAAAUUGCGAACAGAUCGAGAGCUAAAGUCAAGUCUAUAAUAGGAAUGUGUGACAAUGCACAGUACAUUCCUGAACUUGAACCUAUAAUUGUAAGAACAUUCAAAUUAUUUCCCUGUUGA